UACUUAUGUAAAAAUACUUUUAGUGUUAUGUCAGGACCCAGGCCGGUUGUUCUGAGCGGCCCCUCAGGGGCAGGGAAGAGCACUCUUAUGAAGAUGUUACUGAGGGAUUAUGUUGGAGUCUUCGGUUUCAGCGUGUCACAUACAACACGGGGCCCACGUCCAGGAGAGGUAGAUGGCAAAGAUUACCACUUCUCAAACAGGGAGGCCAUGCAGGAGGAUAUUGAUGACGGGAAAUACAUUGAGAAUGCUGAGUUUUCCGGCAACCUGUAUGGAACAAGCAAGUCUUCUGUAGAUGACGUGAGGGCCAAGGGCCUCAUCUGCAUCUUAGAUGUGGAGAUCCAGGGAGUGAAGAACAUCAAGGAGACUGAUCUGGACCCCAUCUAUGUUUCUAUCCAGCCCCCCUCUAUUGAGAUCCUGGAAAAGCGUCUGAGGGACAGAAAUACUGAGACAGAGGAGAGUCUGAAGAAGCGUCUGGAGACAGCGCGAGUUGACAUGGAGCUCAGCAACGAGCCAGGAAUGUUUGACGCGCUUAUUGUCAAUGAAGACUUAGAGGAGGCGUAUGAGAAGUUGCAAAGUGUUCUUAUUGAGGAAAUAACGAAGGUUCAGUCGACCAAGAAAGAAAGAUGCAAUUCGUAA